GCAUUAGAGCCAAGAUGAAACUCUAUGGAUUUUUUGCUAGUGUUGUUCUGCUGUCUUUGGCCAAAGGACUGAGUGCCGACUGGAAAGUUGGGAGAACACAAGUGAACUCCAUUCCAGGGAACAGGGAAGAUGACCACGAAUCCAAUCACCAGACUAUCGUUAUAAUGGAAGAAGACCCUGCUGUGAUAGAAUCGGGAACUUAUCUGUUUGAGAGGAAUCCAAACUCAUCAACUUUGGUGAAGUACCACAAGGGGGCAGUGCAUUUUCUGAAAGGAGGCCCUUUGAUUUCUACCAGAAGUGAGGAUAUUGUAAUUGUUGGCCAUGGUAGUGAGGGUCUCACAGGAGAACGCCAACUGGCUGGUUAUAGUGCAGAGGAAGUUGCCAGAUUUGUUUCCAGCCUGAAGACUGAACUCUUCAUUGGUUCCAUUGGCACCAUCAGUCUAAUCAGCUGCUACCUUGGAAAUGACCAAAACUUUACUCUGAAGCUGCUCCUAGCUCUCUCUUCUUAUAAUGUGGAAACAACAUUGCACCUACACUACACCCUCCUAUCAGUUGAUCCUGAUAGGGGGAUCAUGAGUGGACGCGACGGGAUCUGGAGGUCCCAUGACUACAGCACCAGUGUCAUUGCUGUACUCGGCCCAACGGGUGACCUGCUGACAAGGAAAAUGUUUGGCUGUGCAGGUUCAGUAUAUCCAAAAUAUAAAGGAAAUAUUCUGUAUCUUCAGAGUCUAGAGUGGCCAAGACAUCCUCAAAUGUUCGUUCCGAUGGAGCUGCGCAAAAAGUACCCCUCUAUUGACUGCUUGGAGGGGCUUACUUGGAGCUUGUUUUUUGAGGAAAAUGAAAAAAGACGUGCUCCUGAUUACAUCCCCAACAAUGAUCACCUGAAAGCAGUUUGGCUUGAAGUGACAGAGGAGGAUAGCAUUGUCCUCAAACACAUCACCAACAUACAGGAUCUUCUCGUGGAGAUCCGCUACAGUGCCAGAGAAGAAGUGGCCUCAGACCUGUAUUAUGUUCUAAAUGACUGUAUUUAUAAAAUCCAUGGGAAAAAUCUGAGUGUAAGUCUGGUGGGCAAGUUCAUGAGAACUGACAACAAAGCUGAAAUUGAACUUUUUCGUCAGAGUUUUAGUGACCAGCAGGGGGUAUCUCCUCUACAGGAGCUGCAAAAAGGUCUUAAAGCAUCCAAAUUUAAUGACUUCUGCCGCCAGACCUUUCAGUUCCAACAGUGUACCUACAACUGUGAGAGGUGGGGGCGUUAUUUCAUGGCUGCAGUGUUUUCAGCAUCAGUACUCAACUUCAGAACCUUCUCCCUUUUUCUCAUGAGUGUCAUCGGCUGUGAGGUAGGACGUUUUCGAGGGACUGACAGCCCCCUGUGCACGGCCUUUGUCGGCGAAGACCAUCCCAUGAUCACCGAUCAGCCCUGGCCUGAACAUCUGAAACGAGGAUUCUAUGGGUGCAGUGUUGACAACUAUCAGAUGGCACCACAGAACAGACAGAUCUGGUUGGAUCAAGUUGUUGCAAAGGAAAAUUCUCUGUACAUUAAAUCAAAGCAAAUGAUGGAUGCGUUUAAUCGCAAUGACCAAACUGAGUUAGAGAUCUUUGGGAAGAUCAAAGUCAUGAAUAAGUAUGUGUUCUCAUCUUAUCUGGAAUACUUUCGUGGUACGCCUGAAGGCAAGAAACUUAAGCGAGGAUGCACUACCUCGUUCUAUGAGAACUGAAAUGCACCACUCAGAUUUAAUGUUUGGAUUUGAUUAUUUUAGGGUUAUUUGUUUUACAGUUAGAUGGGAUAUUAUUCAGUGCUAAAGUGUCUGCCCUCACUCUGAGGAUUAAAAGAAUCUUAAUUUAAUGCAAAGAAUGUUUUAAAUCUUCCUAACUGAAAGGGUUUAGUCAGUCACAUGAAGUAAUAACAUAUGGUCAACACAGGCUUAGGAAUGCUUGUUAUCAGAGG